UUGACAAAUCUUCUACACACCAUUGAAUCAUCUGGUCAACAUCGAAACAACAUCAAAUUCUCUUUCUUUAUUGAGGAACUAAACUUGCAAGAUUUUCGAAUUCCUGAAUCCGUAAUAUCACUUCUCGUAUACGAAUUUGGAGCUAGGUAUACUUGUGGUUAAAAAGGUAUUCUGGAUAUUUUCUGUGAAAUUCUUCAGAUUUUCAUUUAUUCAAUAUUUGGUGUGAAAUGGAAUAGCCCAGAAUUAUGACUUUGUGACUUUAUUAUAAACAUAUACAUCAACGUAAAGAUGGUGUGUUGUGGAUACUCCUCUUGGUGGGCCAAACUGUCCUGGGGGUGUGUGAUGCUGGGCUCCCUCCUUCACGUGGUGGCGUGGUCCACCCCCUCCUGGAUGAUAGGAACCAGUGGGGGAACAACCACGAGGGUCGGGUUGUGGAAGACACGCACGUGCACGAGUACUUGUUCGGAGACUUCUGUUGAUAUUUCAUAUAAAAAUGAUUCUUUUAGGACAACCCAGGCGAUGGAGACAAUCGCCUUCAUUCUGUGCCUGCUGAUACCGAUACUGAUGGGAGUGUAUGUAAUGUCGGAUCGCUUCAGGGGACCCAGACUGGCGGCCUGGUGUAUGGCGGGAUGUUUUGUUACAGCAUUGUUUUUACUAAUGGGGAUGAUUGCAUGGCUCGUAUACGUCACGGAUCCCUGGGCAGUGUCAUACUCAUUUGGGUUCAGUGUAAUAGCGCUCGUAUUGCUGUUCAUAGCUGGAUUUCUUCUCAUCCCAGACAUCGACGAGGAAAGAUCUUAUGGAUUUUGUACAGACUGCACUUCACCAGGGUCAGGGGUCAGGAAAAAAACAAGAUCCGUGUCUCCAGAUUUCAGUAGCGAAAGGGACUACUCCCGGAACGACCGUAUCACGCCUUUAUCAUCACGGUCCGAAUAUGACCGAAUGCCACAACCCAUGACACCGGUGGAAAAUACAUGGAACAGAAGCAAUAAUAGUUAUAAUUCCGAUCCUGCUACUUUUAAUAACAUUUCUCCAAUUACUUUACAGAGGGAUCGCGUAGCCUACUGAUAACAUUUUGUUCACUUGACUUAUUUGUUAUUUGCAUACUUUACAGAAAAUAAAUUGACACUCAUGUAUCAUGAUUGCCAUGGAUUAACU